AUGAAAUUGAUUGGUGGUGAUGCUGAUGAUGAUGAUGAUGAUGUCAUAGCUGGAGACCAAAGCUGGGCAUAUUUAACCUUAGAUAUGCUCGAAAACACCUCCAAUGGAGUUAUAUUCCCGGUCACCGUCACCUUUUUUGCCGUAAAAUCUAUGUUGAACGCCUUCACGCCUGCAAUAAACGAAGAUACAUUCACCUUCUCAUCCUCAUCCUUUGCCUUUUGGGCCGAAAAUAUCUUCUGGGCCAGGUCGAAAUUCGACAAGUCAUCAAACAACACGCUUUCGCUCAACAAGUACCUAGUCGAGCCAGACGGGCUAAUCCUCACUAGUAGUAGUAAUGGUAUUGAUAUUCUUGUUCUUCUUGUGGUGUUGUGGUUUGGUGGUGACACGUGGCGGGAUAUGAGUGGGUGA